GGACCAACCUCCCAAUAAUUUAGUGUUCUGCCUGCUGCCAUCUAGACAUCUCUGGGAGCUUCAAGAGCAGUGUAUGAUGGAGGCAUCAUCACAGAUGUGCUGUUGGAUGUCCAGAGGUUUCCACUCUCAUCCAAUGUAGUCACCUUAGAUCCAGAAACCAAUGUUGCUGUGGCUCCAAAGCAGCUUCCAGAUGUUCUAUCCUGAAGCCAACUGACUAAGAGACUGAGAUGCCUUGGAAAAAAUCACACCUUGUGGCUGCUGUUUGCAUUGCCACCUGCACUUCAAUAUUGACUCUUUCCUACCUCCAGAGAAGAAAACUCUCUUCUAUGUCCAUGUCAGAAAUCAAGCUCUGCCGAGGGAUUCCUACCAAUAACACCAUCACACCUUUAAGAGAUAAUAAAACUUUCAUCAUCGCUCCAUACUUUGACAACAGAAAGAACAAAAUGACACGAGUGAUUGCAAUAAUCCACCACAAAGACAUCAAAGAACUUUACUGCUGGUUCUGCCACCCAUCCAGUGGUGAAAUAUACAUCUCCAAGGCAGAAAUAGAUGUCCAUCCUGAUAGAUUUGACUUCCCAUAUGGUGCCACGGACUUGCACUGUCCAGAACCGAAAGACUGGGAACCACACUAUGUGUCAAUACAUUGGUCUCCUAAUGGGAAUAUUGAUCAUCUACCACUUUUUGAAAUAAAAAACCGUGAACCUGAAGGUUUUCCAGUGGAAUUCACAGUGUGCAUCUCCACCAUGUUUGGAGAGUACAACAACGUCCUGCAGUUUGUGCAGAGCAUGGAGAUGUAUCGAAUCCUCGGGGUGGGCAGAGUGGUGAUCUACAAGAACAGCUGCAGCACACUGAUGGAAAAAGUGCUGGGUUUUUAUAUUGCAGAAGGAGUUGUUGAGAUCAUCCCCUGGCCCAUUGAUUCAUACCUCAAGGUCUCUUCUUAUUGGCAUCAUUCAAUGGAUCCCAAGGACAUUGGUUACUAUGGGCAAAUCACAGCCUUGAAUGACUGCAUCUAUCGCAACAUGUACAAGAGCAAAUAUGUGCUGCUAAAUGACAUGGAUGAAAUUAUUCUCUCAGAGAAAUAUCCAGACUGGAAAACCAUGAUGCAGGACCUUCAGAGCCAACAUCCAGAGGCUGCUGUUUUCCUCUUUGAAAAUCACAUAUUUCCUAAAACUGUAUUUACACCCACUCAUAUGUUCAACAUCUCUUGGAAUGCAGUACCAGGAGUUAACAUACUGCAGCAUGUCCUCCGGGAACCUGAUCGGAAAUACAUUGUUAAUCCUCAGAAAAUGAUUGUAGAUCCAAAGAAAGUGGUUCAGACAUCUGUCCACUCUGUUCUCCAGGCCUAUGGGGCCAGCAUACAUGUUCCAAUGGAUGUUGCCUUGGUUUAUCAUUGUCGAACUCCCCUUCAAAAAAAUCUAUCUAGACGUCUUCUAAUUAAGGACACAACUCUCUGGAGAUACAAUAUGUCAUUAAUUGGAAAUGUCAGCAAAGUUCUAAAUCAAAUAGUAUAAGAAUAAAGCGGAGCAAGCCCAAACUGGUGGUGAUAUCAGCUGGACCAGACAGUGAGGCAGAGCCACUAAGUCAACAUAAGGAUCUGUUGCAAGGUCCGAAGAAAGAAUAACUAAGUAUAUGAUGCCGCUAAGUCAUGUAAAUUGAUUUUUUCCCCCAACGGACAUACUAUUUUAGCUCUGAAAUAAUCUGCCAGUGGUGUCUCCUAUCCCAACAGUCCAGGGCACUUUUGUGAAUGUUAAUUAUGCUGGCGAAUGAUUCUUUGUGAGGUACUAAUGCAGGGGAAUGGGCUGCACUACAGAAACCAAUAGAAAAAAUAAGGGGAAUGCUAUUUGAUAAGAAGUUCUAUAUGGACUAAAGGAAGUCAGA